AUGGAAUUAUGCAGCCCAACACGGGAUAUAAUAGAAGCAGUCGACUGUUCUUCUGAUAUUUUGGCUUUGCUUAAUGAUGGAUCAUUGUUUUGUGAGGAGAUGGAAAAACCCUCAGAUUCAUCCUUUACUUUGUGUUUGACACAUUCCCCUUUACCUUCGACCUCAGAACCCACAACUGAUCCUCAAGCUAGUUUAUCUCCAGUAUCUGAAAGCACCCUCAGCAUUGCUAUUGGCAGUUCUGUUAUCAAUGGUUUGCCUACUUAUAAUGGGCUUUCAAUAGAUAGAUUUGGUAUAAAUCUUCCUUCACCUGAACAUUCAAAUACAAUUGAUGUAUAUAACACUGUUGACAUAAAAACUGAGGAUCUGUCUGACAGUUUGCCACCUGUCUGUGACACGGUAGCCACUGACUUAUGCUCCACAGGCAUUGAUAUUUGCAGUUUCAGUGAAGAUAUAAAACCUGGUGACUCUUUGUUACUGAGUGUUGAGGAAGUACUCCGCAGCUUAGAAACUGUUUCAAACACAGAAGUCUGUUGCCCUAAUUUGCAGCCCAUUGAAGCCACUGUAUCCAAUGGACCUUUUCUGCAGCUUUCUUCCCAGUCUCUUAGCCAUAAUGUUUUUAUGUCCACCAGUCCUGCACUUCAUGGGUUAUCAUGUACAGCAGCAACUCCGAAGGUAGCAAAAUUGAAUAGAAAACGAUCCAGAUCAGAAAGCGACAGUGAGAAAGUUCAGCCACUUCCAAUUUCUACCAUUAUCCGAGGCCCAACAUUGGGGGCAUCUGCUCCUGUGACAGUGAAAUGGGAGAGCAAAAUUUCUCUUCAACCUAUAGCAACUGUUCCCAAUGGAGGCACAACACCCAAAAUCAGCAAAACUGUACUUUUAUCUGCUAAAAGCAUGAAAAAGAGUCCUGAACAUGGAUCCAAGAAAUCUCACUCUAAAACCAAGCCAGGUAUUCUUAAAAAAGACAAAACAGUAAAGGAAAAGAUUCCUAGUCAUCAUUUUAUGCCAGGAAGUCCUACCAAGACGUAUAAAAAGCCCCAGGAAAAGAAAGGGUGUAAAUGUGGGCGUGCUACUCAAAAUCCAAGUGUUCUUACAUGCCGCGGCCAACGCUGCCCUUGCUACUCUAACCGCAAAGCCUGCUUAGAUUGUAUAUGUCGUGGCUGCCAAAACUCCUAUAUGGCCAAUGGGGAGAAGAAGCUGGAGGCAUUUGCUGUGCCAGAAAAGGCCUUGGAGCAGACCAGGCUCACUUUGGGCAUUAACGUGACUAGCAUUGCUGUGCGCAAUGCUAGUACCAGCACCAGUGUAAUUAAUGUCACAGGGUCCCCAGUAACAACGUUUUCAGCUGCCAGUACACAUGAUGAUAAAAGUUUGGAUGAAGCUAUAGACAUGAGAUUCGACUGUUAAAUCAGUGGGUCUUUAAACCUACCUCUGGUAGGGAAAUAGCUACAGUUUUACGGCAGCUAUGGUUUUGUUGGUUUAACUUGCAGGAGCUCCUGCAUAUAGAUCACUUAUAUCAAGUGUUUUCAUUGCUAAGUUAUAUGUGUUAGUGUCGGGGAAAUAGUUUGCAGAUAAUGGAGGAGUAACCCUACAACUAUAUGUCCUUAGUUCUUACAGAACCUCAUAGUUUGAGAACAAAUGCUGAUGCAACUGAUUUAUACAAAACGAACUUUGGCAAGGAAAAUAACAUUAACCUCACUGUUUAUGGUCAUGCUUUGUGCAUAAUCAAAGUUUAUGAUUAAAUGUAAGGAAGUGGUAUCUAGUCAGUCCAUAAAGAUUGUGCUCAUAUUUUGUUAAAAAAUAGCCAUUAGUUUGUUCAGGAGACUCAGUGCUACCUUCAGAUGCCAUUGAUGUUUCUCCUGUUGAAAAGCUGAUGUGUCCAGCUCAACCUUUGUGCUGACAUAAUACCAUUUCUAAUCAUGAAAAUUGGCUACUGGUGUAUGUAGCAGUUCUUAAAUCAGCAGUAUUAUGAAAGAAAAAUUGCCCCUCAUUAGAAUGUUGAAGAAAUCUGUCUUUUAAAAGUGAACAAACUGAAAUUCUGUCAGACUGCAGAUGUUUUUAGCUGUUUAUGCCACAAAACUCUUCUGAGUUGAUCCCCAUUUUUAGUUAAGUCUGACUCAUUUCUAGGGAAAAAAACAAAUCCUUCACUUUGAGCAAUGUUCUAAUAAGAUAAAUGAAGUGGAGAAGAACAGUUCUAUUCUGAAGGUAAUUGAAUUUAGACUAUGGUAUGUGACAGAAUUUUUAAAAAAAUUAUUUAAAUGUUUUAUUUAGAAAUUGGGAUUUAUUUAAAAUAAUUUUAGAAUAAUGCUCCAAAAGUUACUCAGAUUUAUGCAUUAUACGUAUUGCCAUUGGCCACUUCAAAGUGAUUUUCGUUUCCUCUGUUUGCCAAAGACUUUAUUUUGAAUAUGCUUUUUACUUUCUUUCCUUUUUUUUUUUUUUUUUUAGGGUGCUAUUCAUUGUGGAGACUUCUUUAUAGAGGCCUAAUAAAAAUGCCUUUUUAUGAAGCCUGUGCGUUUAGUUGGGUUUGAAGCUAGGAGGAUAUUCUUUAGAAUACUCUUUUGCAUGUAAAGCACAAACUAUGUUUCAGUUUAAAUGCACUUCUUCCCUGUAAUUUUUAUGGGGGAGAUAAGUGAGUCACAACAUUCUGUUGAAGGGAAAUCUA